CUUGACGAGUUCAUACGACAGUGAUCGUUACUACUGUAAUACCAUGUCUGGAAGAGGUAAAACCGGUGGAAAGGCCAGAGCUAAGGCUAAGAGCCGCUCAUCCAGGGCCGGACUCCAGUUCCCCGUCGGUCGUGUUCACAGAUUGCUCAGAAAGGGCAACUACGCUCAGCGUGUCGGUGCUGGAGCUCCCGUUUAUCUGGCCGCUGUGUUGGAGUAUUUGACCGCUGAGAUCCUGGAGUUGGCCGGAAACGCAGCCCGCGACAACAAAAAGACCAGAAUCAUCCCCCGUCACUUGCAGCUGGCUGUCCGCAACGACGAGGAGUUGAACAAGCUGCUCGGUGGCGUCACCAUCGCUCAGGGCGGUGUUCUGCCCAACAUCCAGGCUGUUCUACUGCCCAAGAAGACUGAGAAGGCCGCAAAGACCAAGUAAAUCAGCAAUUUAAGCUGCUGAUCCCCAACGGCUCUUUUAAGAGCCAACCACAACAAUCUUAAAGACGCAGUUCCUGUAAAUAUAUGCGGAUGUUUGCGGCUGUUUUCAGAGAGUCGACUUCUAAACGGCUCUUAAUUUUAGGACUUUUAUAGACCUUUAUUUUACUAUAACUUUGCAAAAAAUGUAUGGUUUGUAUGUUAAACCCUGUCGUGUGCAGUAUUUUUAUGAGAAGCCUUGUGAUUGCCUAAUUGUAUGUAUUUGUUCUGUUACAAAACUAUUUUGUUUAACAUUUUAAUUAAAAAAAUUGAUAGCACAAAUUAACAAAACUGCAAAUAAAUCCACAGAACUAGAACCAAA